CUUCACUUCUUUCCUUUUGUUAUCAAAUACUUGAUAAACAAGCUUGCUACAUCUUGGUAUCAUUUAAGUAGUUAAGAAUGAAAUCAUGUAAAUCAAUUUGUAAACUUUCCAGCUCAGAGAUUUAUAUAGCAAUCAAAGAGUCUUUUUUUAAGAAGGUUAUAGCAGUCAAAGAAAUUUUAAGCAGCUUUAUGUACGUAGGUAUACAAUAACACAAUAUAGAAUCAUAUAUAGAAUUUGGAUCCUACUAAAUUGUAUGAGCAUCUAUAUUUUCUCAGACUAUUUCACAAGGUCACAUGUAUAAGAUGUCAACUUUCCUUCUAUUCUUGAGUUUUGACUUUCUCCGUAGCACUAAAAUUUGUACUUUGAAACUUAAGAUGUUGAUUUUGUGUGUCAAACUUUGUGUUUGUGUAUCUUAAUUGACUUAAAUAAUAUUGGGCUAUAGUUUUAUUUUGGGCAUCCGUUGAGUAAUUGGUAAUUUCUUCAUUUUUAUAGUUGUACUUAUUUUUUAAUUAGAAAGGCAAAGUUUUAUUAAUAUAGCACGGUUUAUGUAAAAAUGUAAAGCUUAAUUAAGAUAGCAUGGUUUAUGUACAACUGGAGAAGUAUUUUUUUAAUAACUGUUGUGUGUGGGCUAGCUUGCGCUCACCUUGACUAAUUUCAUAGGGUGCUAGGUAACUCUGUCCACAAAGGCUAGAACUGAUGGAAAGAACUAAACCUAUUGUUUGUCUCUGUUGGGAAUUGAAACUGAUAUGUCAUGAUACUCAACCCAACUUCAUUGAACCACCAGGCCACACCCUUGGAUGCACAACAAAAAUUGUUAGAAAGGAAAAAAUAGUGCUCCUUAAAUUUGCUCUAAUAUUUGUAAAGAACCUUGUUGGUAGGCAUGCAUGUGAGCUUCUAACCACUUAGAUUUUGUGGUUCCAAAGAUGAUUAUGGUAUAUGCAUGUAUUUAUGUAAGUUCUACCAUUUACAUAUUAGUACAAUUGCCUUUAAUGAAUCAUGUGAAGCUUAUAAUUCAUAACAAUGUUUGCCUUUUAAACUACGAUGUCUAGGUCAAUUUGGACAACCUCAUACAGUUCAUCUAGUACCAACUACCUCCCACCAACACAAGUAUCAAGUAACUUUUCUACCAAGGCUUAGAAAAAUUGUAAAAAAUCACCUACGGUUUGUCUCUACUGUGAUUUGAACCUUAUCUUCGAGGUUUUCACCCAUUUCAUUGAUCACUAGGUCACUCCAUUUGGCCUUCGUCGUGUUUUCAUUCCAAGGAUUAUACUCAUUAUUUUCCUUGUAUGUUGGAGACUGUGAUUAUGCUCUUUGACAUAUAAUGGAAUGUCUAAUUAAGAUAAAAUUUGUAUAUUACUUAUCUGAACGAAGAUAUAGGUUAUGAGAACUAACUGUUUUUAGAGAAGACUGAUUGUCGAGUUGCAAACUUCAAUUUAUUAAAUCCAAAGUAGAUUUUUUUCAAAGAGUUCUACAUUGGUACUUGAAGUUAUGGGUGGUCUCUUUAAUAUUGAUUGGGCAUUCCUCGCCUCUUAAACUAGCUUUAGGGUUGAGUUAGGUGCAAGAUCUAUUUCUAUACAUUAUAUUCGAAUUACUUGUCACGUAAAAUUGUGAUUUAGUCAGUUGCUUUAGGAUACUUGCCAAAAGACAAAGGUAAGAGAAAAGAGACUAAAAAAAGAGCAUUUGUGAAGGAUAUCCAUCGUUUUAGUCUGGCAUGUUCUUAAAAUAACUAGUAUUAUUUUGUGACUGCUGUUGUAGUUCUCGUGGAAAUGAAUUAGCAGUAUCAUAUUUAUGUAAGCACUACCCUCCAUUUUAGUGUUCACCACUAAAAAUCUAAAAGUAAGGCUGUGGCUCAUGAAUCUAGUAAUGCUCAAUCAUUUUAAAAUUAGUCGUAUUAUAGCAAUGCUCAAUCAUUUUUCAUGUCUUUUAGAUUUGGAUAGAUAUCAAGUCUGAAGUUAUAACACUGAGGUUGACAUAUGGUUCAACUAGGCAAUUGGUCAACCUUGCACUGUAUUAAGGAAUUCCAGUUCCCAGAGUCACUCCUACAUAGAUAAGAAUGACAGUCCUAGCAUGUGCAGGGAUAUUGGUGCUAAAUUAAAUUUUGUUAACGAUGCCCAGUUUCUACUGGUAUCUGAAGUAAGCAUAGCUGAGCUCAACUCUAGGCUGAAAUCAAACUUAGAGAGACGAAGGAGAAAUGAUGGACACAUAGUUCAAGUUAGUGUAAUGAGAUUUCGAUCCAAUCUUUUAGCAUCUGGCGGUGAACCAUAUGCAGAAGAUAGAUGGAGUAAAUAUUGGAGGCAAUUAUUUUAUGUCUUUAGGUGGUUGCAAUCGUUGCCAGUGCCUUCUUCAGGGGUCAUAUAUGAACAAGAUUUCUGAAGAUUGAAGUUACAAGUGAAGACGCAAGUUCAAAGAAUGCACAAGCUCAUUAUUAUUUUGCUAAGAACAUUAUGUAAACUUGACAUCAGAUUCUAGCUCGGGAUGUUAAUUGGUUAAGUUUUUUUGCUUAGCAAAUAUUGAAACUAUUGACAUCAUAUAGCUCAAGAUGUUAUUAAUUGAUUAAGUUUUUUAUUAGCAAAUUAAUAUUGAAACUAUAUUGACAUCA